AUGAUCACCUUGUUCUUGGCUCAGACCCACUGUUUUAUUGUCCGAUACGUUAGCAGCUCUGUAAUCUGGCGUGGGAGGCUCUGGUGGACUGAAUCGCUUGGUUCUACUCAGAAAAACACGAUGCGGCUAGAAAAGUGCUAUUUUUGCUCUUCUACAGUGUAUCCUGGUCACGGAAUACAAUUUGUACGCAAUGAUUGUAAGAUUUUCCGGUUCUGUCGAGGGAAAUGCCACAAAGCUUUCAAAAAGAAGAGGAAUCCCAGGAAGACAAGAUGGACGAAAGCUUUCCGUAAGGCAGCAGGAAAAGACUUGGCAGUUGACCCAUCAUUUGAAUUUGAAAAACACAGAAAUGUUCCAGUGAAAUAUGACAGAGCACUUUGGCAAAAUACUGUCGAGGCUUUAAAAAAGGUCGAAACUAUAAAGUUGAAGCGACAGGCCCAGUUUAUAAAGAACAGACUGAAAGAAGGCAAGAGGUUGCGCAAAGUGGAAGACAUACAGGAAGUCAAGAAGAACAUUCAUCUCAUCAAAUCACCAGCAGGACUUCAAAAGAAGAAAGCUACACAGGGUGUGGUGGAAGUUAUACAAGAUUCAUCAUCAGAGGAAGAGGAUGAUGAAGAAGAACAGAUGGAAGCAGUUGAGGCCAACUAGACAAACAGACACUUUGACCAUCUUACAAAAAAACAGACACUUUUAAACAUCUUGACAACAUGAAGCUCUAAGUUGUCAACCAUGUAAAAUAUCUGACACAGAUCCAUAAUACUGUACUCCUACUUAAUUUUGCGCUACGUAUUUUGACGAAACUGCCAAAUUAAAAUGGC